AUGGAUGGGUACCUAAGACAAUUUAUUGAAUGGCCAACAAUUAACGAGUGGCAGAAUUUGCGAGGGAAUUGGCCUAAAAUAGUGCCUGCUGCUGGAGCAAUAGAUGGCAAACAAGCUAUGAGAUUUACAGACCAAAAAUCAACCAGCAACAGUAAUGCUAAUGCUGCUAGGGCAUUGCGACGUACCAAACCUGAGGAUACAGCUGUUGAUGCCACAAUAGCAACAUUUACGGCUACGCCAACGAGCCCUGAUACCAUUGCUAGUUAUGAAUUGUUAACAGCGGACACGCCGUUUAAAAUAUCCUCACCUGGCGGAUUAUUGACGUUGACCUCUGCGCUGGAUUUUGAAACUAAAUCCAGUUAUGUUAUUGAAGUAAAAGCAACCGACAAUAAUGCUUCUCCGAAUUCCGGCAUUGCAACACUGACUAUUACAGUAACUGAUGUUAAUGAAGCACCAGAAUUUGGACAAGCAUCCUAUACUGUUUGCGUGACAGAUGGUUCAGCUGCAGAUACGUCUGUUGCAACAUUCUCUGCAUCUGAUCAAGACGCUACCAAUACCAUCACCUACUCGAUAACUGGAGACGCAAACGAUGACUUUAAAAUUUCGACAGCUGAGCUCCAGGUCAAUACUGGGAAAACCCUUAAUACUUCUAGAACAGCGAAGUAUACACUUGUCAUACAUGCCACUGAUAAUGGCAGUCCGGUACAAACCGGAACAUCUACUUACACUAUCAACGUCCAGGCGUCAUGCAACGGAGCGACCGCUUUGACCGUGACAUUGAUGACUCUUUUACUGGCACUCAUUGUGUCUUUAAACUGAUUCUCUGAUGCUUUAUUCAAAUGACUUUAUGUAACAUUUCUUAAUUUUUUUAAUAUAUGUUAUCUUUUAUUUAUUAAAUGGACCAUCGUGUACAAAUUAAAGAUUAAUUCAAGUAAUAAAACAACAAGUCAUGAAGAAUAAUUAACACACGUAAUUGCUCCUAUCCUUUUUGCUUUUUCUUUGAAAUAUAUAUUGUAUAUGGGAAAUUAGUACUUAUAGGUGAGAUGACUCGCUCUGGAUGCUAAAGUUAGAUCAUACCACAUAUAAAAAAAUAAAAGCUUUCGUGCUUUCGCGAUAGUACUGUUAAUCAAUUGACAUUUUCCUGAAGUAGUUCCUGCUAGUUACUUGACGAAAUGUUCUUUUUUAGAUAUAUAUAGGAAAAGAUUUCCGCGUUUAUACGUGCUAUACAUCAAUAAAAUUGAUGAUGAAAUAAUUAUGAACUGCACCUCAACACAGCAUGAGAUUCCGUAAAAUGACGUCUCAUACCACAUGGUAUUUAAAACUUAUUCCACGCUUGGAGUCAAUAAUGAAAUUUGAAGUUUAAGAUCAAGUGUGUGAGGACUGAUUUUUAAUAUGAAAUAUCUUGAUCGCAUAUAGGAAGUGUUCUCCUUUUGUGGUGAAUGUGUAUUUUAGGCAUGCUCCUUUAAUGAUUGCCGUGAGGCAAAGGAUUGUCACCUCCAGAGAAUCUACUCCCUUAUGUACUAGACUGUGUGAUAUGUUUGUGUUUAUUUCUAUCUGUGAAAUGAUAUCAGUGAUGAGAUAUUACCGUAUCGAUGUUUGAUUCAUUUCAUUCUUAUCUAAAAAUAUUUAUUGUUACGAUUUUUUUCUAUUGAAACAUGUAGCACUUCCAGACAAACGAUAAUUUGAUCACAAAGAUUUAAUCAAUUUAUGAACUUAUAAUAUUAAUGAAAUGUAUGUUGUAAAUUUAUUUGUUUUUAUUUCUAAAGCUUUAAUCAGACUGCAAAAGGUUAUAUGGUAAAUAACUAGAAAUAUUCGAUUCCUGAUUAUUUUCUUUGUUAUUCCUGAUUGAAUUGAUGAUGAUAACUUAAAAGAUUGCAAUGAUAUGGUUAAUUUUCCUUUAUUUUCAUACCAACUAGUAAUAUUUCGUCAGAUAUUGUGCUAUAAAGAUCAAAGUGUACAUGAUUUCAAAAUUCAAAUAAAGGUAACAAAU